AUGAAGGCCUCAGCUUCACCACCUCCCAGCAGUGACAGUCAACCAAGACUACAAGACUAUUUACCAGUGAUCGCCCUCCCGUUUCUACCCAUCCUAGCAUUCACAGCACCUCCCUUCCACGGCCGGGGGCUUGUCUUCGCCGGCCUGAUCAUCACCACCUACUCCCUGAGCCUAGCAUCCCCCUGGCCCGCAAACGUUGGGCCGACAAGGCAGUCACGGUACGGCAUCGCCAGCGCAUGGCUGCUGGUGCUCCCCACGCUCGAGAGACUGCUUCUCCAUGUCCCCGAGCGAGAUUUCUGGCGAGUCGACGACGUCAACGGUAAGGAUGGCCCAAGCGGCAGGCACGAUGAAGCGGCCAAGGCCCCUCCGCCGCCACCAGCAGCCUGGACAUGGCGCAAGCUCUGUUGGGCGACGGCACUCGCAAGCAGUCCGCGCGGCGUGGGCUGGAAUAUCGCGAGUCGCCGCGUGAGCAGCGCGCACGAGGCAAUGGCUCGACAGCGGAUCGGGAGGUCGGCGUUCGUGCGCGCCUGUUUGGGCAGAGCGGCGUGUGCAUACCUUGCGCUUGAUGCUGCUCUUGUCGUUGGUCGCGACUUGCCUGUUCCUGCGGCCUGGCUGUGGAAUUGGGGGACGGUGAGAGAGGUCGUGGCUGCGGAGGGGUUGAUGCUUGUGUGCACGUAUGCCAGUAUGGCGCUACAGUUCGAGGUUCUCGCGGCUGUUUUGGUGGGGAUAGGCUUGAGCAGGCCUGAGGACUGGCCACCCCUAUUCGGCAGCCUUGCGGACUGCUACACCGUGUCCAACGUCUGGGAAAAGUUCUGGCACACUUAUAUUCGUCUUCCGGUGCUGGGCCUCGGCCACUUUGCCAUCCGCCAACUACGCCUUCCAGCCAGAUCCCUAAUAGCCAACCUAGUUAUUCUCAUCGUCGCAUUUGGCAUCAGCGACUUCGUCCACAUCACGAGCCUUGCGGUGAUCCGUGACGAGGCUCUGUCACUGCAGGAGCUUAUACUCGACAUGUCGGGCUUCUUCAUGAUGCAGCCAGUGGCAGCUGUCGCUGAAGCCCUGACAAUCCAGUGGUAUCACAAAUUCACUUCUUCCACCAGACUGGAAGCCACGAGGGAAGCCUCCGCCUCCCGCGGAACACUUCGUAUUGGGAGAGAAGAUUCACACCCUAGAGGAAAGCUAGCUCCAACCAUUCCGCGGAUCAUCGGCUACCUGUGGGUCUUGUGCUGGUUUUCCGUCACUGGCUGGGGCUUUGUCAAGGCCUACAUCGCUGUGGGUGUCAGGGACUGGCAGGUUCCGCUUUCUUUCUGGCAGGUACUCAUGCGCCAGAGUUGGUACAAACGAUGA